AUGGCUCGAAGGGCACAAAGAACCAACCCUCCCGAGGAUGUGACCGAUCAUCGUUUUUUACAAUUUCCGCAAACGCUGAACGAUGCUACCCGGGCGCGUUAUGUCACCAACUUGAGCUUGCUUCUCACAAAGGAGAUUGAUAUUGCACCCUCAUUUGAUUGGGAAUUGGCUACCAGGACUGGACUUGCUGCAUUGAUCCAGGAAUUUUUGCAAUACACACACUCGGACGCGAGUGGUGUGGAAUUGUUUGUGUGUCAGGGAUGGGCGCGUUUGUUCAGGAUCCAAGAGCCUGUGUAUCGGGAGUUUUUGCUGGAGUUCUACGCUACAGUUUCCUAUGAUCUUAGGAAGGCACUCGAUGACAGGACAACCUUUGCUUUCAGACUGGGAGGAGUGAGCCGGGAAUGCAGCGUGAUAGAGCUUGCGACUCGGGUGGGUAUUUACACAGCCGACGAGACGAGGAGUGUCCACUUCCCGACAUUCCUUGCUGACUGUCUCACGGACCGGCCGGAGGACUAUAAUGAGAACACCUUUUGGGCCGAGAUUACGGGAGGAGUUUAUACACCAUCUACCGCUCGAGGGGGGAUGAUUCGGUCCACUACAUACCGAAUGUUGCACCGGUUGAUUUCUAUGUCUCUCACGCAUCACAAGAAUAGUGAGAGAGUGCCUUCGACGGACCUGUUUCUAGAUUCUCUAGCAGUUGUUUCGAUUUUUGGAUACCACUGGGCAAAACCCUACGAUUCAAUUGAACUCAAAGCGUUUGAUUUCAUCAUGGAAAGAGAAUUGAAGCAGAAACGGCAAGUUGAUGUUGUUUCGCUGGCAACUUCUUCUUCCGGUUAUCCUCGAGAUCGGAGACGACAUCCUUCUCCGCCGGCUAGAUCACCUGAAGAUUCCCCGUUGUCAACUAUGUCUCCUCUGUCAUCUCUCAGCCAUGGAUUCUCUCCCGAAAGAGUUGAGUUACAACCUGAAGCAGAAUCAGAAGCGGCAGAAGAAGGAGAAACAUCACACGGUUCACCAACGUUAGAUCCUUUGCCGGAUUUGUCCGGGGCGAGGGUAACGUCGCCGGCGCCUGUGUCGACGGUGAACAAGUACGUUCGAGAAGAGACUCUGCCGAUUAAGAAAGCGGAACGCGGCGCUCAAGACGGAUACGUUGGAAAGCCACCGGAGGAACCACGAACAGGCGGUGGAAACCAAGGGAGACGGCCGAGGCCAGCUAUGGGGAGCGUUAGUAGGAUGGACAAAGAAGGUUCGAUGAAGAAGAUAGCGUUAGGGUUUAGGAUUUUCGAAUUGCUAUUUUGUUUGAUAUCGUUGUCGGUGAUGGCCACCGACAAGCGUCAGGGAUGGGCUCUCGAUUCAUUCUACCGUUACAAGGAGUUCCGGUACUCCAUGGCAGUGAACAUUGUCGGAUUUGCAUAUGCUGUGUUACAAGGAUUUGAUCUGGCCUAUCAGUUGGCCACCGGAAAUCAUUACAAACGACGUCAUUUUCUCCGGUAUUACUUUGAUUUCGCCAUGGACCAGAUGUUGACAUACCUUCUGAUAUCAUCGGGAUCAUCAGCAGCAACCAGAGUAGACGACUGGAAAUCGAAUUGGGGUGCAGACAAGUUCCCACAGCUGGCUACCACUUCUGUUAGUCUUGGUUUUGUGGCUUUUGUUGCCUUUGCCUUCAGCUCUUUAAUCUCUGGUUAUCUUCUUCAUGCUUCCACAUCUUCAUGA